GACUUAUACCUGUCCAAUGAUGGGUUUUGAGGACCAGAGUUUCCGGCUGGUCGUGGUCAAGACCAGCCCGGGAGUCCCGAGUGCGCCCUUUUAUGAUCUAAAUGGUGAGGAAGCUAAAUGUGAGGGCACUGGCUGCAGGAAGUCAUGAUGGUGCUUUACAAAGGACCGCGGCUCUUGGACUUUGCAAAGGCUCCUGCUCACCUUCAGUUCAACAAAUAUGUCCUGACGGGUUACCGGCCGGUGUCCACAGCUGAAGAGUGCGUCAGGAGCCUCUUCUACAUGCACAAUGAGCUGGGGAACAUCUACACACACGGAAUUCCUUUCUUCCUUUUCUUGGUGCUGCUACCUUUUAGUAUCCCCUGGAAGGAGGUGGACAGCAUCUGGAUAUGUGUUGUCCACUAUCUGGCCUGCCUCUGUCCCACCAUGGGAUCAGUGGUCUACCAUUUGUUCAUGAACCACGUGGGAGGAGAACACGUGUACGACACGCUGCUCUCCCUGGACAUGGUCGGCGUCUGCCUAGUUAACACCCUCGGGGCAAUUCCUAUCAUUCAUAUCACCCUCCUCUGCUACCCAAUCGUGCAACAGACUGCCUUGCUGGUCUAUAUCCUCCUGUCAGCCCACGGGAUCUACUGUGCCACCACUGCCCGCACUAACGUCCGGCGCCUGCAAUCGUUUGUCUGGCAGGCCUUGUUCCGUUUCAGCCUCUUCCUGUUUCGGGUUUAUGGCAGCGGGGUAGGAAGCCCAAAUUCCCUGCGUCUCUUUGUCAUCAUGGACUGUCUAGCUUUAUUGGGAGGGCUUGUCAACAUUGUCCAGAUCCCUGAGCGCUUCAAACCAGGAUUGUUUGACAACUGGGGCAACAGCCACCAGAUAAUGCAUGUCAUGGUUAUCUGCUCAAUUAUCUACCUACACUGGGGCACACUGGAGGAUUUAGCCUGGAUUAAGAGCUACCAGUGUCCUGCUGAGUGAUGCCAAGUGCAGCUAGUUCACGCAUGCUUGCAGUCAAGGCUACAUUUGAAUUUAGCAUUCAGUGAGGGAGGAGUAUAUGGAGGGCCGAAACUGCCAAAAUCAAUACUCUAUUAGGGCUGCCACGAUUUGUCGACUAGUCACGAUUACGUCGACUAUCAAAAUCGUCGACGACUGAUUUAAUA